AAGAUGAAUAGUGUGCUCAUAUUACUCCUCUGCUGCCACGUUGCAUCUCCAGUAAAACACUCCUUGAAAUAUUUCUUCACUGAAAGCCCUGGAGCUCAGAGCAUCCCAGAGUUUGUAGCUGUUGCAAUUGUUGAUGACAUUCAGAUAGGUGACUCCAACAGUGUAAGAGAAGCAACACCAAAGAAAGACUGGAUUAAAUUCUUUGAGGAUCAUCCGCAGCACCUGGAGUGGUAUAGUUUACAAUCUCAUGAAAGUCAUCACUUCUUUAAGGCUACCAUUGAGACUUUGAGGCAACGUUUGAACCAAACUGAAGGUGUUCAUAUUUUGCAAAGGAUGAAGGGCUGUGAAUGGGCUGAUGAGACUGGAGAGAUUAAUGGAUAUGAUCAGUAUGGUUAUGAUAGAGAAGAUUUUCUAGCAUAUGACCUAAAGACACUGACAUGGAUCGCUCCUAAACCACACGCUGUCCUCACCAAAAUGAGAUUUGAUGCUCAUGAACAUCAAUUUGAAUCAAAUAAAAACUUUUUAGUUUAUCAGUGCCCUGACUUUUUAAAGGAGUAUUUGCGAUAUGGGAAGAGGUUUCUGCAGACAGCAGUCCUUCCCUCAGUGUCUCUACUCCAAAAGACUCCCUCCUCUCCAGUCAGUUUCCACGCUACAGGUUUCUAUCCUGACAGAGCUGAGAUGUUCUGGAGGAAAGACGGAGUGCAGCUUCAUGAAGGUGUGGAUCUGGGAGAGAUCCUCCCCAACAAUGAUGGGACCUUCCAGAUGAGUAUUGAUCUGAAUGUUUCAUCAGUCACACCUGAAGACUGUGUGUUUCAGUUCUCUGGUGUGAACGAGCACAUUAUCACCAAACUGGACAAAACACUGAUCAGGACCAACUGGGAGAAGCCAGCUGACAUGGUGACCUUCAUCAGUGCUGCAGUGGUUGUUCUAACUGUCACCAUCAUCACAGUUGUGGCAUUUGUAGCUUACAAAAAGAAGAAAGGUGAGAAAUCUGAAUGUGGGAAAUAUUGA